AUGGCAACUGAGGUGGCAUUCGAUACGUCUAUGGGCUCCUUCUCCGUGGAGCUCUACAAUACCCAUGCGCCCAAGACAUGCAAGAACUUCGCGACCCUUGCCGAACGAGGAUACUACAACGAUGUGAUAUUCCACCGCAUCAUCCCGAACUUCAUGGUCCAGACCGGUGACCCUACCGGCACUGGUCGAGGAGGAAGCUCCAUCUACGGCGAGAAAUUUGAAGACGAGAUCCAUGGAGACCUCAAGCACACGGGCGCUGGGAUUCUCAGCAUGGCGAACAGCGGACCGAAUACCAAUGGCAGUCAGUUCUUCGUCACCCUCGCGCCGACGCCGUGGCUGGACGGGAAACACACGAUCUUUGGCAGAGUCAAGAGUGGCAUGCGAAUCAUUCAGCGCAUGGGAUUGGUUAAGACCAGCGGAGAGGACAAGCCAGUGGACGAGUUGAAGAUUCUUCGGGCUCGAGUGGUGCAAGAAGGUGCGCAGGAGUGA